AUGGGGAACUCGAGUAGUUCACAGAAGAUCUCUGCCCAGGAUCGGGCAAUUCUCGACCUUAAAAACCAACGCGACAAACUGCAUCAAUAUCAGCGACGAAUAACCGUCCUCACAGACCGCGAAACGGAAAUCGCCAGGGAAUGUCUUGCGCGCGAUGAUCGGCGGCGAGCACUGCUCGCCCUCCGACGCAAGAAGUACCAGGAGUCACUACUUGCCAAGACAGAUGGCCAACUUGCGCAGUUAGAACAGUUAACUGGGCAGGUGGAGUUUGCGCUUGUACAAAAGGACGUGUUGUUUGGGUUGCAGCAGGGAACGAAGGUGCUGCAGACUAUCAACAAGGAGAUGGGCGGUAUUGAGGGUGUCGAGAGAUUGAUGGGGGAGACCGAGGAGGCGAGAGCUUAUCAGGAGGAGGUGAGUCAAAUGCUGGCUGGUCAUUUGACGAAUCAAGAUGAGGACGAGGUCGAGGAUGAGCUGGAGGCUCUGCAGCGAGAACUUGCUGGUCCUGAAAUCCUGCCUGAUUCUGUUGUACUGCCGAGCCCGCCUACUGCUGAUUUGCCUGUUGAAGAGCCGGUGCCGGAGUCGACUCAAAGAGCCAAGGCUAAGGCUGAGACUCGGACGGCGUUGCCUGCUUAG